UUCCGUUCCCCAGUGCUGCCGGCUGUGGGGACCAAGGCUGAGGCAAACUGUCUUGUUUCAUAUGCUGGGCUGUGACCGGCUUCUGGGAGCCCUGAGGAGAGCAGGCGAGCUCCUAAUUCGCCAUGUCAUGGAUGAGCACCUUUGUCAACACAGAAGAGGGUUGCCUCACACAUGCCGUGGUGUGCUGAUGCAGUGACCUAUGAGGAUGUGCAUGUGAACUUCACUCCUGAAGAGUGGGCUUUGCUAGAUCCUUCCCAAAAGAGUCUCUACAAAGAUGUGAUGCUGGAAACCUACUGGAACCUCACUAUUGUAGGAUACAAAUGGGAAGACCAUAAUAUUGAAGAACAUUGUCAGAGCUGUAGAAGAAAUGGAAGGUAUAUCAUCUGUCACUCUAGAUACAAGCCAUGUGAACAUAAGGGGUAUGGAAAGAAGCAUUGUAGUUCUGUCUCUCUCAGAACAGCUGGAAGAUAUGCGGUAGUCCCCACUAUGAGAAGACAUGAUGACUGUGAUACAAGUUUACAAUUAAUUGGUUUUCCAACUUCAGUGGGAAUUGAUCAACAAACUCUCAUUGGAGAAAAUCCUCAUGAGUACCAGGAAUAUGGAAAUGCAUUUCACUGUACUGGUUCACUAUGCACAUUUAGUGUGGCUCACAGUAUAAGAAAAUGUUUUGAAUGCAAUCAAUGUAGUCAAACUCUGAGUUCUUCAAAUUCUCUUCAAAGAUGUGAAAAAUCUUAUGUGGAAAGAGAAAAUAAUAAAUGUGAGUCAUCUACUAAAGGCUUUAACCUUUACAGGCAUCAUCAAACAUAUCAAUCAACCAAUAAUAAAGAGGCUCUCUAUGAAUGUAAUCAACAUGAUAAAGACUUUAGAUCUGAUUGCUCUUUAACAGUACACCAAAGAACUCAUUUGGAAGGAAAACCCUAUGAGUAUAAUCAAAGUUAUAAAGCCAUUGCAUGUCCCAGUCUUCAUCAUCAAGUACAUAGAAUUCAAACUAGAGAGAAAAGGUAUGAAUAUCAGCAAUGUGACAAAGCCUUUCCAUGUCCCACUUAUGUUCAAGUACAUAAUAAAGGUUAUACUGAAGAGAAACCCUAUGAAUGUAAUCAAUGUGGUAAAGCUUCUGCGUAUAAUAGUCGUCUGCUCAGUCAUUUAAAAAGUUAUACUGGAGAGAAACCGAAUGAAUGUAAUCAAUGUGGUAAAGUCUUUACAGGGAAGAGUAGUCUUCACAAUCAUGAAAGAAGUCAUACUGGAGAGAAACCCUAUGAAUGUAAUCAAUGUGGUAAAGCCUUUGCACAGAAGAGUAGUCUUCAAAGUCAUGAAAUAAUUCAUACUAGAGAGAAACCCUAUGAAUGUAAUCAAUGUGGUAAAGCCUUUGUCCAGAAGAGUAGUCUUCACAGUCAUGAAAAUCAUCAUGCUGGAGACAAACGCUAUGAAUGUAAUCAAUGUGGUAAUGCCUUUACACGGAAGAGUAGUCUUCACAAUCAUAAAAGAAGUCAUAGUGGAGAGAAACCCUAUGAAUGUAAUCAAUGUGGUAAAGUCUUUACAAAGAAGAGUAGUCUUCACAGUCAUAAAAGAAUUCAUACUGGAGAGAAACCCUAUGAAUGUAAUCAAUGUGGUAAAACUUUUAUAGGGAAGAGUAGUCUUCACAAUCAUGAAAGAAGUCAUACUGGAGAGAAACCCUAUGAAUGUAAUCAAUGUGGUAAAGCCUUUGCAGCGAAUUAUAAGCUUCUCAGUCAUGAAAGAAUUCAUACUGGAGAGAAACCCUAUAAAUGUAAGCAAUGUGUUAAAGCCUUUGCAAAGAAGAGUAAUCUUCUCAGCCAUGAAAGAACUCAUUCUGGAGCAAAACCUUAUGAAUGUAAUCAAUGUGGUAAAGCCUUUGCACAGAAGAGUAAUCUUCUCAGUCAUGAAAGAAUCCAUACUGGAGAGAAACCCUAUGAAUGUAAUCAGUGUGGUAAAUCCUUUGCAACAAAGGGUAAUCUUGACAGUCAUGAAAGAAGUCAUAGUGGAGAGAAACCCUAUGAAUGUAAUCAAUGUGGUAAAGCCUUUGCACAAAAGAGUAGUCUUCAAAGUCAUGAAAGAAUUCAUAAUGGAGAGAAACCCUAUGAAUGUAAUCAAUGUGGUAAAACCUUUGUCCAGAAGAGUAGUCUUCACAGUCAUGAAAUAAUUCAUACUGAUAAGAAACCCUAUGAAUGUAAUGAAUGUGGUAAAUCCUUUGCAGCGAAGAAGAAUCUUCUUGGUCAUGAAAGAAAUCAUACUGGAGAGAAACCCUUUGAAUGCAGUCAAUGUGGUAAAGCCUUUGCACUGAAGAAGUAUCUUCUCAGUCAUGAAAGAAUUCAUACUGGAGAGAAACCCUUUGAAUGUAAUCAAUGUGGUAAAUCCUUUGCAACAAAGAGUCGUCUUCUUAGUCACAAAAGAAUUCAUACUGGACAGUACCACAUGGAUGUAAUCAACGUGGUAAUUUCAGAUGUGAGCUGCCAUGUGGGAGCUGGAAACUGAACUGUGUUUUCUACAAGGGGUGUUUGCUGAAGUCCUGCGCUAUAGGGGUUCAGGUCCCAAAAAGGAGAUCAGGCAAUAGCAAAGUAAGAUUGCCAUGAUCUGAGGGUGAAUGAGGAUAGCUGUUGCUUUAUUGAAAAAGGACUAUACCCUUUAUACUCUAUAACUGAACAUUAGUUUAGACUCAAGAAAGAUUGAAAGGAGACUUAAUGAUUCCAUGAUGAAACCAGCCAUCAACCUCAUCACAGCAUUUUUCCUGAGGCAAAAAGUGAUAAAUUCAGCAAGUAUCUUAAUGCCUUUCUGGAUGUGAGCCCAUUGUUUCCUUUCAUAGUUGCUUUCAUCCUUGAACUAUGUGUAUCCAGUUAGUACAUCUUUAAGUUUCCUAUUCUUGGUGUAAUCAGGGGGACACAAUAGGGAUUCUUGUGGGGGGUAGGCGUAGUUAUCAUGCUAUAUCUAUGAUUCCAUGGUGGUGGGGAUUUUUUUCCAAGAAUUAUGUUUAAAGAGACUUGCCAUUAAAAAGUCCACAAAAAAAUUUCCCACAGGAAAAGGCUUAAGGAAACUUUAUAACAUAAUUAGUGAGAAUUAUUAAAACUAAAAGGUAAAAGAUGCUGGAAAUUUAAGAUCUGCAAUGUCAAAGUGCUGGAACUUUGUGAAGUAGCAAUGGUCACGUGCAGCUCACACCAGGCACUAAACUGCUAAACCAUCUCUCAUCCCUUUUUGUUUCUUUUAAGAUUUAAUUUAUUAUUCUUAUCUUUGUAAGUGAACAGUAUAGUUUGAAAUCAGAUGAUAGCCUGUGUGACCCAGUCCUCCCUUUCUACCACUUGGGUCCUUAGAACCAAACCAUCAGCCUUGCCUUCCAGCACCUUUACCUGCUGGGCCAUGCCACAACAUCCACUGAGCCCUGACAGUUCUUUUGUUAAUCAUUGUUUUUAGGUUUUGUUUUUAAAACAGGCUUAUCGAGUUCAGGCUGACCUUGAACUUAAGACCUUUCUGCUUCUGCCUCCAGUGACUGGGAUGGCAAGGUUUCACUGCUGUUAUUUACCAGGCAUGAGAACGGACCACAAGACACAACAAAACCCACUUUAAGAGUUUUAUUGUGGGGGAUAGGAAAGAUGGGUGAGUGAGUAAAUGGAGAGAAAUGUGCAGAAGAGGGUAGGAAUGAAUAGAGUCUGCUUUUAAGGAUCACCUUGAGCCUGGGUAUAGGGCUUACUUAGCCACGCCACACAUGCAAAUAAAUUAUGUGGCCAUGUUCUCAGGGAUUACAUAGGAGGUAAAGUCCUGGAGUGACUAAGCAUUUUGCCUGAAUGCUGACAAUGCAUGCAUAGCCAUGGGACUCCAGCAGCAGCUAGGGUGUCGGGUAUGAUGACAUUCCACCCUUUUUGCUAUUAUAAAAAUUGAGGGGUUUCAGGUGGCAGGUGAACAGGAAUGGGGGAUGCCAGGUCUCUGAAGACUGCUUCCAGCUGACUUGAUGGAGUUGAUUAUAUUUGGGGGGCCACUCUUCCUGAGGUAGCCAGUUGUCCUAAGGUAGCUAUUUGUCUUUGCUGCUCUGUGGAAUCAUCCAGUGCCACUUGGAUCUGACAGUUUGGACCCAACAAGAUGCUAGUGAGGCAGAAGAUGAAGUUUAGAAAAAUUUUCUUAGAUCCUGGUACUUGCAGGGAAGAGAAGAUGAGGGGGGUCUCCAAGUGGUCCCAAGAUGAGGGAGGAAGGUUCCAGGACUACGAAAAGGUUGAAUGAUACUUAUCUGGAGUGAAUCUGGCCUGUCCAAGUGAGUCCACACCAACUCCCUGGAGCUCAGAAGAAUUUUUCAGUUUAUGAAAGAGAUAUAUUUUAGACAUAUUAAGAAGCAACCAAAUGGAAUUUAAAACCCUGUACUUAUAGUUAUGAUAGUUUGGUGAUAUAGUCUGCUAUCAGAAUUUUGUUGGUUAAUGUUAAAGUUAUGGAGUCAUAUAGCAAGAGAGAAAUAGGAAUCUGGAAUGUGCUUUUUUAUUAUUACCAAUUAGGCUUCCUAUCUUUACCUGAGUCAAACCCUAAGACACCUGUUUCUUUUCAUUAUCGUGGUAUCACUUUAGCAUCCAUGAGACACAGGUAAUUGAUUGCUGAGAGCAGUCAACACUAAUAAACAUAUUAAAGCCUG